AUGAUCGGCGCCUUGGCUUCGUCAGAGACGACAUCUAGAUCCUCAAAUGGUCCAUCAACUCAAAGCAUAAAGCUACUCGACCUUCCGCCCGAUGUUCUAAAUAUCAUCAUAUGGAAACUAUCUCCUGUUACUGUAUCUACUUUUUCUCGCUCUUGCCGUGCACUCCACAGCUACAUUAAAGGACUAGGUGAUUUACUUUGGAGAGAUCUCUUUAUCUCAAUAUGGGAUGACCCAAGACUCGCAAAUGAAGCUAUCAUGGCAAUACGGACUCCUUGGUUUUGCAUAUCGCCUCUUGCAGACGCCGAUCUAGACGAAGACCAACGGCUACAGUUCUAUAUUCCAGACGAACUAUUAGAUGAGAACGGGAGACCCCCAACCAGGUUCAGGUGGCGAGACCAAGUCGAACGACGUAUAUCAGCACAGAUGUUCCUAUCGAAAUUAGGGCUCAGCUCGUGUGCCACUGACGAAAGGAUACCUGCCAGGCGUUACAGAGCUAUUCGGACCAUUUUGUCCAUCCUUGAAACAACACCUCCCGCAUCGAUUGAAUUUACUCGUUCGCGAAACGUCGCGUGGCUAACAAAGCUACUCCAUCCAUCUAGUUUUAGCACCGAAUUUCUCAUGCGACAUUUCUUACACGACCCAGAUAUUGAACAGCCCUCCUCAGAAGACCGUCAACUAACGGCCGAGCUUCAAGUUUGUUUCUUCAACGCCGAGCAUAAACUACCCUCAGAAUUAGCGCAAAAAUCUCGCCUAAACGCCCGAGCGUACGUGUAUAAUAUUCAGAAUUACCGACAGGAGGGCUGGCAUGGACCAUGGAGGAUGACGGAACGGGGGAUGGAGCCGAAUUGGGUCCAUCUUGCAGCAUGUCAGCGAGUAAUAAUCGAAAAUCUUGCCCAAAGGCGAAUUAUUGGACAUAAUUACCCCAUUCCUCCGACAGGUCCGCAGGCCGUUUGGGGUGGCAGCUCAAAAGCCGCAGCCGUUGCUCUAAAAAACAACCCAUCACGCAUAAAUGAGAAAGGGAUCAACGAUUGGGCGGGCGUUGAAGGUGUGUGGAGGCGGCUAGUAUGCUUCAUGGAUUAUAGAGAUUUUCAUGAGUAUAAUGUACACAGCAGACGUCCAAACGGCGGGUUAGACACAUCAGUUUUCAAGCACAAACUCUUCAACGAGGCGACACGAAUAAUCACUAUGACACUCAAACUAACCAAAGCUGAGCCCGCAGACCCACCGUUCGAGGAUCGACCGAUAUUACACUUCAAUGGCUUCAGCGUUGCAAACGAUACGAUGAUCAGUGGGGUACAUGGGUUUGUAUGCAUGACUUCAAACGGAUACGUCAGAUGGCGCUUGGUGACCCGUUAUGAUACAGAUGAUCGCUGGGUCACAGAGGCCGUGCAACUCGGGGACGCCGGUUCGGCAGCCGGCUUCCUCGGAACAUGGACUGGUAAUAACCAUGAGCCAGACGACCCCGCAGGGCCAACCUGGCUAUGGAAAGUCGCCGAUGUGACCGAACUGCCCAAGCCCGAGCGAACGAAUACUACAAACGAGGGAUGGAUCUUCCCUGAUGUCUUUUUCGGGGGAAAUAUGUUUGGGGAUUUAGAGAGCGAUGAGGGAAGUGAAGAAGAAGAUGGCGAAGCCAACGAUGACGACGAAGAGAUGAAUUCGGGGGAUGAGGAUGAGGAUGAAGAUGAAGAUAAUGAGAGUGGAGAUGACAAUGACGAGGAGAGUAGCUCAGAAGAAACGGGGGUUCCUCCCUCAACACUGCCCACCCUCCAACCCCUGCCAUCUCUAUACGACUGA